UUUACUUUUGGAUAAAAUGGCUUUCCACUCGAAUACAUGUAAAGGACACAUUGGACCUGCAUGGUAUACCGACACCAGUUACCUGGACGAAACUUUCACAAACAGCUGCUGCAGGUACAAACGUUAUUAAACUCGACCAAGCUGUUAAUUGGAAUGUAGGAGAUCAGAUCAUUAUUGCCACAACGGGCGACAUGAAGUCACAGUCUCAGAACGAACUCAAAACCAUCACAGCGAUAGCCGGAGACCUAAAGACCUUGACCUUAGACUCUAAUCUCGCAAACGAGCACAUUGCCGUCACUGAAAGUUUUGGAACCAGCGCUAAUGCAGCCACCAUGGAUUUUGCAGCUGAAGUCGGUCUCUUAACACAUAAUGUUAAAGUUCAGGGCACAAGUGACGCGCAGUGGAUUGAGAAAAUUGAAGCAUGUCCUGACGGCUUUGAUACUGGUGAGUUUGCCACCCAGACAUGUUUUCAAGGACGUUUUGGCGAAGAAAUGGGAAGCGAUCAAUUUGGCGGCCAAAUAAUGAUUCAUGCCCCCGAGUACGACACACAUAGAUCUACUGGCCGUUUACAAUAUGUAGAAUUAUUCCACAUGGGUCAGGCCUUUAGACUGGGACGCUAUCCUGUGCAUUUCCAUCUCAAUGGCGACAUGUCACACUGUUACGUCCGUGGACUGGGCAUCCAUGAAACGUUCAACCGUGCCGUGAAUAUACAUGGUACAAAAAAUCUGCUUGUUGAACACGUUGUUAUCUAUAACGUUAUGGGAGGUGCCUUCUUCUUCGAGGACGGCAUUGAGACUGGUAACAUUAUCCAGUACAACCUAGCUGUGUUCGUACGGGAGAGUUCAAGUCUACUUAACGAUGAUGUCACUCCAGCAUCCUUCUGGAUUACAAAUCCGAACAAUACACUCCAGCACAACCACGCUGCCGGUGGAUCUCACUUUGGAUUCUGGUACCGCAUGCAUGACCAUCCGGAAGGGCCAUCAUUUACCCGCUCUGUCUGUCCCAAACUGAUCACGUUGGGUACAUUCUUCAACAAUAGUGCUCACUCAUUUGGUUGGUUUGGUCUUUGGAUCUUUCCUACAUACACACCUAGAGUAGACGGUAUUUGUGGAUCUUCUGUGCCACAACCCGUAAAUUUUGAUACAUUCGAUGCUUGGAAUAACGAAAAAGGCGUAGAGACUGUGAACACCGGCGCCCUCCAGUUCAGUAAAAUCCGUGCAGUAGCAAACAAAAAGGCUGGAUUUGAAGGCAAACUUAUUGUGGAAGGUGAAGAUUCUUCAAAUCCGUCAAAUGAAGCUGCUAUCAAGGACUCCCUAAUUGUUGGUUACGCGUCAUUUUCACCUAAUUCUGUCUGUACUAAUGGAGCUAUUGUGCUUCCAUACGGAUUCAUGUUUGGGGUAACAAAUGUUGAAUUUGUCAAUUUUGAUAAAUCGAGCUGUUCCGCCUUUACCUGGACAAGAAUAGACGGUACAUGUGGUGACCAAUGUGGUGGGUACUAUUACAAAACAUCAGGUCUGACCUGGACAAAUUCUCCCAAUCGUGGCCGAUAUGAAUGGUUAUUCGAGGGCGUUCUACAUGAUCUUGAUGGCACUUUGUGCAACAGUGUAAAUUGUAAAGUCGUACCAAGUACUGGAACACUCCCACCCAGUUGUACUGCAUUCUCCGAUUUCAAUAACAGCAUACCCGCAAGUGUAUGUCCUUCUUCUGUCAAGUUCCACAGGUUUGGUUUUAAUAACAUUUUGCCUGCUUCUUUAGAAUUCAAGCAAACUAAUUUGACAAAUCAGUACGGAUCAUCCCUCGGCGAGUAUCGUGAAAAACGAAUCACUCACAAGGGCGGCUGGGUAGUAUUACUCGUUAGUAACGAGACCUAUUCUCUUACUUUUGUUGACGCUGCAAUCCAAACGAAUCUCAGUUUCUCUGGCACACUUUACCAUUUCGAGAACAAUGACUAUAUUUAUCUGCGUCAAAAAGUAAACAAGAAACCAGACAGACUAAAGAGUGACGCCCGUGGAUUUGUCGAGUCAUCUGAUGUGACUCUGGAUCCUAGCGUUCAUGUAAACGGGGACUGGACAUACGAUCAUUAUACCAACGAAAUCACAAUUCUUGUAAAAGGAAGCGGAGGAGCGAGCGGUAGGAAAAAGCGUGGUUCUCCCGCUUUGCCAACCGGUAUCGCCAGUAUAUCAUUCGAUUUUCAGGCCUUCAAAUGUUUCUACGCCAACUGUACACCACCACCGGAUCCUAACACAGUACCCCCUGUCACUCAGCGACCAUCGGAUUUCGUGUAUUGGUCAGAGGCAAACUCUUGGACUUGGCUUAACAAUACACUUCCAGUAGCCAAUACUGACCUGACUAUUCCACAAGAGGUGUGGAUGGUAGCAGACAUGGCUAUUCCCUCACUCAAUAAGUUAAUCCUGUAUGGCGUCUUGGAGUUUGAUCACGGCACGUCAGCUCCUUACCGUGACAUUGACCUCAAUGCCACCCACAUCAUCAUUCUGGGAGGGCGACUUAUAAUAGGAUGGCCGGAUGCUCCCUACCUCGGUAACUCUCAAGUCAUCCUUAGAGGCAGCUGGGAUAGUGACGAGUACACAGAUCUCACCAAUUCUCCAACUGUGGGGGCGAAGGCAAUUGGUGUAUUUGGAGGCCUUGACCUUCACGGGAUCGAUGUUGGGGUGUCAUGGACACGGUUAGCUUCGACAGCGAACGCCGGGGCAUCCACAAUCUCUUUAGCACAGGCUGUCAACUGGACUGCGGGUAGCGACAUUGUUCUAGCGACAACAAGUUAUGAUAUGUGGGAAACAGAGACAUUCAGGAUCACUGGAGUAUCUACUGAUGGACUGACGCUUACCCUUAACAGCUCGUUACUGUACAAACAUGUUGUCCAUUCGGAGACAAUAAAUGGAAAAACCAUCAGUCUUGGAGCCGAGGUUGGACUUCUCUCAAGAAAUGUCAAAGUCGUCGGCGAGGACUAUUCUAGAAUGUUUAAGGAAUCAUUUGGUGCCCGGACGUUAGUAGGAACAGCACAAAAAGGAAGCAGCCAGUAUAUUGGUUAUGCUCGCUUGAGCAAUGUGGAGUUUUUCCACACGGGACAGGAAAGCUACACCGAAUUCUACGAUGCACGAUUUUCAUUGACAUUCCUUGAUGGUGGAACAGUCAGCAAUAUUAAACCUUCAUACAUAAACAAAUGCGCCUUCCACAACGGGUUUUCUCCGGCUAUUGGUGUUUUCGGAACGCAUGGUUUGCCAAUAGAAGAUAACGUCGUUCAUCAUGCAAUCUGGUGGGGUAUUGAAACGUCUUCUGAUGAUACACGACUGCGCCGAAACCUGGUAACACUUGUUGUAUGGGAAGGAGCGUACCAAGACCGUCAAGAACCAUUCAACUUCCGCUACAAUGGUGGAAUUCAAGCUCCAGAUGCCAAGGCUAUUAUAAUUGAGGAUAAUGUUGUAGCGGGAGCUGAAAGGGUUGCCUACAGGUUAGGGGCCAUUGAAUGCGGUGCUGUUGGUUAUGGAAGUAAUCUGGCUCACAGUUCCCUAAUGGGAUUCGGGAUAUUUCCCGAAGACAAGUUAACAGUUUCAUGUGUUCAAAUUUCAAAUUUCACAGUUUGGAAAUCUCGAGACGGUGGUAUUUUUUAUGAGAACAGUCCAAGUGCGGAAAUAAAAGACGUUGUCCUAGUUGAAAACACUGUGGGUACUGCACCGUUUAUUGUUGGCCCAUCAGCUGUGGGGCAUGAAACUGCUGAUAAGUAUGUCUUAAUCAAAGAUUCGACAAUAGUUGGUGCGACAACUUCUUUUGAUUGCACAUCUGACGCAUUGAAAUCUGAUGAAAAUGUUCAAUUUAGCAGCCAAGGUCGCACGUGGAACACAGAUGGUAGUCACAUCGGCGUUGGGUUUACUAAUUUCUUCCAAUCAUCCAAUAAUAUGCCAAUGAAGCCACAUUAUGGGACCAUGUCUUACUCUUCUUUGUUCGGAGUAAUGAAACUUGACGGUGUAUCAUUUGCUCAUUUCAAAACAACUUGUGGCAGGAACGACUUCGCUGUAACCACGAAUGCGAAAGGCGACGAUGGCCAACAUCCGAUUGAAUCGAAGAACGCAUUUACCACUGAUGUAGCAACAAAUAACAAAAUAUUCUAUCACAGGCCAAAUGUGGGAAAAAUUAACAGUGCCGAUUGUGUGGAUAUGGACUGUGAUGGUCUGAAAAAGGAUUUGUUUACUGACCAGGACGGUACCUUCCUUGGAAGUGUUGGAGCAGUUAUUUCAGAAUCGGAAUGGCAGUGGGAUGGUGAUCCACGCAGAGGUCUUGGUGAUUACAGAAUUCCAAAAACAAUGCUAACUGAACAAGAUGGAACGCGCAUACCGGUCAAUAAUAUAGCACCUAACAAAGGUAUCAUCCGCAACAGCAACUGUGUUUUACACUCGACAUGGCAGGCUUAUGAGUGUCACAACCUCAACUACAAGAUUCUUAUCAUCGAAAGUAUGGAUUCGGACACUGAGACCCGCCGAGUAUCACCUGUUGCUAUUCUGGGAGACGGGUAUCUUGAUCUCAUCAAUGGCCCCCAGGAUCAUGGAUGGUGUAGCGGCUACACCUGUCGUAAACGAGUUUCAACCUUUAUGGCCAUGGUGGCUACAGAAAAAGAAUACCUCAUUCACUUUACUGGAACAUCGCCCCAACAUAUUCGAUAUUUCCUGCUGAACUCCGACGAUACAGAAUCAAUCAAGCUUGCAGUCUGGUAUUCUCAGCCUAAUAGGCGCGAUCUCUAUGUCGAUGGAAAUUUAGUUGCUCCGAAAAAUGGUAGAACAGUGAACGGUGCUUACAUACUAGACCCGCCCACGUAUCCUGAAGAAUUCAUGCCAAAUAUCACAGACACGUCUGGUCAGAAUUACUACGACCGUGACUCUGGACUUCUCCAUUUCACUAUCAGAGGGAAAAAAGCAGUUGAGGUCAGAACGGAUCCUUCAGUUAUCAUUUCCUUCCAAUUUCCGGCCACGACAAUCGAUGAUUUCUUUGGUCCUCAAUUGAUACAGCACCUUGCAGCAUUCUUCGACCUCCCUCCAAACAAGGUCAGACUCGUAAAGGUAGUAAGGGAGACAACUCCAACAGGAAGGCGCAAGAGGUCUGUGACGUAUGAUGAAGCUGUCGUGGAGAUUUCCGAUAACCCUCAGUCCAACAUUAACGACACCAGUGAAUUGUCCUCAGAACAGCUUCAGAAUAUUUCCAAUACGUUGAUUAACGAGAUUCAACUUGGAAACAUAAGUGACGUCCUCAACACGACAGUAACAAGAGUGGCUGUAGUAGAACCACUUCCGUCUCCGGGAACCCAAGAGUGGAACGAUACCACAACCGACUCGCCAUACGUUGUCAUAGUCGAGGCAACAAGCAUGCGCUUUAACCCAGCACCCGAACCACUACACGAAGGAGUUGUGUUCAGAACCCAGCCUAAGAUACAAGUUCUUGAUGCACAGGGCCAGCCGAUAACAAAUCUAGGGACAGACUCCCAGCCCUGGCAAAUCACUGCGUCCUUGCGUCUCGGUGGAUCCAACCCGUCCGCUAGCCUUACCGGUAAUCUUACCGUCGAGUUUGUCAAUGGCUGGGCCAACUUCACCGAUCUGCUUAUUACACAACUUGGCAGUGACUUUUAUAUUGACUUCAACCUGACCUCCCCAUCUGAUUCAAACUUUACCAUCGCCUCUGAUCCACUGACUGUUACUGGUCGACCAAUCACAGCCUCUGUUGCAUCAAUGACCACUUCCCCAAUUGAAAACGAUAACUUUGCACUCCGUGUAGAGCUUCGUGAUGGACUAACCUCAGAACUUAUCCCGGAUAUUGCCUGGAGGGGCCAUACCUGGACAUUGACAGUGGAACUGAACAAACCAGAAGUUCACACCGGCGAGAUGAUUGGAUCAAAUCUAACGUUAUUUUCCACUUCCUCAAGUUCUGCUAACUUCUACUCACUGAACUUUACCUCCCUUGGUAUCUACACGUUGAGAUUGCAUAUCUACACGACACCCGCUGGCUAUGACUUUUACGAAGAGCUGCAGAUAGUUGUGAGAACACAGGUGCAGACGACCAUUGCUGUUGAACAGACGACUGUGAUUGUGAUGAAAUUUGAAUCAGCUGAUUACAACGCUGUAGUUGGUACUGAUGAUAAGGCGUUCGGUACCAUGGUGACAUCUCAGUUUAUUUUGAUAUUCCAAGAGAUCCUGUUUAACUCCGUGUCCGUGACCCCAGGGAGCAUUGUUGUGUCAUUUUCCGUCAGUGGGGGAAUAUCCAAUAUCAACGCGACAGUGUAUGGCAUGUGUGAGUCGAUACAGAACGGAUCGACCUUCACUUUCAACUCGCAAUCGCUGACACUGUCUGGGUACCUGACGGUGGGAGGAAUAUCCUACUAUGGUUCCCUCUGUGGACCAAUAGCCACCUCCACUACACCUGAAUCGGGUCUUGGCAAUACUGAACUGGCUCUGAUUAUCUCCCUUGUUAUUGUAUCCGUUCUUCUAACUGUACUCAUCAUAGCUAUUGUUUACUGGAAGUGCAAAGUCCAUCCAAAGACCAAGACAAGAGAUUUGAGCAAAUACCAUAAUUACAUGGACCAACCGCAGACAAUUGAGGAUAUCCUGUUCCGAGAGAAAUCCUUUAUGAGCAUCCGUGAAAAGACCUCGGUGAUACCGCAAGCUCCUGCAGCUACCAACAUCAACAGUCUGGGUUACAACUCGCAGAAAAGAAGCCCCCUACCCUACUAG